AUGGGCUUUAACUAUGGCUCCAGUUCAAGACUGCCGCUGCUUGCUGCUGCUUCUGCUGGUGAUGCCGGUGCUGGUGGUGAUGGGGAUGGAGGGCACAAGGUAGGAACAGGAGAGAGGGAAGAAUUUAUAGGAGAGUUGGAGGCAGUUGGGGAGCUGGAAGGGAGUGGAACAAUCGGGGAGGAGCAGGAGGAGCAGGAGGAGCAGACUAAGGAGCAGGCAUCAGCAGGGGUGCCUUCUCUUGCUUCUGAUCAACCCAAUCAAUGGCUCACAGCGCAUCUGGACUUGAGUGAGGUGAAGCGGCAGCUGCAACGGUCGAAUGAACGGACAGCAGAGAACCUGAAGCACCUGAGAAAUCGCCUGAACGCGUCCAACGAGUGGACGCUUAGCCACCUGAAGAAGGGGCACCAGUGGACGUCUGAGCACCUGAGAGAAUCAAAUCAACGGACACGGGAGCAGCUGCAGCAUCUGAUUCACUCCGAGCAACUGCUCCAUUUGGAGGAGCGUCUGGACGUGCGGGCACUGAAGGCAAGGCUAAACGCAUCUAACGCCAAGACCAGGGCGCAGCUGAGGCACCUGGGAGUCAACCUGGAGCACCUGGAGGGGCACCUGGACGUGGGGGCGCUGAAAGCAAGGUUGGACGCGUCCAACUCCAGGACAAAGGCGCAGUUAAAGCGGAGAGGCAGGCAGGCGUCUCACACGGUGCAUGGCGUUGCUGACGUGCUCUCUGUUAUCGGCGCCGCCGCUGCUGCUGCCACUGCUGGUGCUGCUGGUUCUACUGGUGGAGCUGGUGGUGCCACUGCUGGUGCUACUGAAGCUACUUCUACCUCUGCUUCAGGAUCUGCGGCUCCACCUCCUCUUGCUGGCUCUACUGGUGCUGGUACUGGGAAGGAGAGGGCAGCAGGAGGAGUAGAUGGUGGGGACGUCCCCAAGACUGAAGGCAGUGCGAGCAGCAGUGCAGCGGCCAGGAGCCUGGCUUGCAAUCCGUAUCUGAGUGGCAAUUUCCGUCCAGUGGGCACCGACGUGCUGCAGGACCUGGACUGCGCGGUGAUCGGCCAGAUCCCUCAGGGUCUGCGGGGUAGGUUCAUUCGCAAUGGCCCGAACCCGCAGCUGCCACCCUCCAGCCCUGAGCUCUACCACUGGUUCGACGGGGACGGCAUGGUACAUUCAGUGAACUUUCACCCCCCUGGGGAGAACUUUCACAGUCACCCUCGUGAAGCCCGUGAGGAGAACUUUCACUCCCCGCAAGUGAGCUACGGGCGGCGCUACAUCCGAACGACAGGCUGGCAGGAGGAGCGGGCGGCGGGGCGGGCGCUGUUUGGAGGGUUGCAGCAGGUGGGGUUGGGGGCGAGCCAUUUGCUGCUGGCUGCGAUGAACCUUCUCGGGCUGAGACAGCAGGACGCGCCUAUGUGGAACAUGACCAAGAACGUGUCAAACAACCACUUCAUUCAGCACGCUGGUCGCCUCCUCUCCCUCUGGGAAGCAGGCCUGCCCUACUCACUCGACUCGUCAACCCUCGACACCAAGGGCGUCCACUCGUUUGAUGACACGUGGCGCAGCGGAAUGACAGCUCACCCGAAAGUGGAUCCGGUUACCAACCACAUGAUGAUCUACGGUUAUAACCUCACGCACAAGCCAUAUCUGCGCUACGGGGUGGUUGACCCCUCUGGCUCCCUCAUUCAUGCCACUGACCUCGACCUGCUGCACCCUGUCAUGAUGCAUGACUUCGCCAUAACACAGCACCACAGCAUUUUCCUCGACUUCCCGCUUCGCUUCCAGCUGGACAAGGUCAUUCAGUCGCACGGCAAGGCCAAGCCCUUCGUCUUCGACCCGUCCAAGCCAUCUCGCAUUGGAGUGCUUCCCCGCUUUGGCUCUAAUCCCGACAUGCGCUGGUUCACUGUGGACCCAGGGUUCUGUCUUCAUGUGGUCAACGCAUUUGAAGAACCCUCCUCCGCCCCCACCUCCUCAUCCCCCUCUCCCUCCUCCUCCUCGUCCUCCCCCUCGUCCUCCACCCCGGACUCUCCUCCUCCCGCCAUCAUCCUACGUGUCAUCCGCUUCCCCGCCUUCUCAGCGCUGGGCCUUGCUGAGCUGGCAGAUGAGCUAGCGUGUGAUGAGGUGGCGCGAUUGCAUGAGUACAGGCUGGAUCUGCAGUCGGGAGCAGUAGAAGAGCGCUCUUUGUGCAAGGUGUGCUGCGACUUCCCUUCCAUCAACCCCAAUUUCACGGGCCGCCCCCAUCGCUUCGCCUACUCUGCCCGAUUCACAGCACAGCCCGGCCCAGGGAGGGGGUUUGGUAGACUCAUCCCCCAUCGGUUCGCUUACUCUGCCCGAUUCACAGCACAGCCCGGCCCAGGUGAGCGGUUCAGAGGAAUGCUGGUGGGUGGCAGGGAUGCAGGUGGGUGGGCAGGGAUGCAGGUGGGUGGGCAGGGAUGCAGGUGGGUGGGCAGGGAUGCAGGUGGGUGGGCAGGGAUGCAGGUGGGUGGGCAGGGAUGCUGGUGGGUGGGCAUGGGUGGGUUAGUAGCAGUCCAGAUGAGGCACCACCGUCCCCUCAUUCAACGCCAUCAUGAAGCAUGGCUUUCAGCACGGCACAUAUCAGAUGCCCAAUGCCCCCCUUUCAUGUGUCUCCACUCCACACCCCUCCUCCCACUCCCCCAACCACCACCAGGCACCACCGUCCCCUCAUUCAACGCCAUCAUGAAGCAUGACUUAGCACAGGGCACGUACCAGGUACAUACCCUCCCACCGGGGAGGUUUUGUGGGGAGCCCGUGUUUGCUCCACGCCACCACUUUCAGAGCAGCAGCAGGUCGCAGAGCGGUGAAACGCGGUCAGAUGAAGUUGGAAUGGGUAGAGAUAUGGUGGGACUGGGUGCUGAUGCGGUUGGAAUGGGUGCAGAGGAGGAGGAUGAUGGGUGGGUGUUGGCACAUGUAUGGGAUGAGGAGGAGAUGAGGAGUGAAGUGAUUGUGCUGGAUGCAAUGAAUCUGGACAAGCAGCCACUGGCACGGGUCAUUCUGCCCAAGAGGGUGCCAUAUGGCUUCCAUGGGACGUUCCUUCCUGACUGA